AUUCGCGAAUGACGCUCCGACAACAAACAAAAGAUCGAGGCUAGCGCGAGCUCAUCAUACUCACCCGCUAACGUCAGUACGUAACUUUAAUCCCAGCGACGGUUUGUCUUUUAUUUUUUUAAACGGCUUUCCUCGAAUCCCGGUUCCCCAUCUUAAGUAGUCUGGCGGUCGCCAUGUCCGGACAGUCUUCGGGCUGCGGGUUCCUAAUGUCGGUCGUCGUUCACGGAGACUCCGCUCUGAACGAGCAGGAGAAGGAGCUCAACCAGCGGCUCCGACGGCUCUACCCGGCCGUCAACGAGCGCGAGACCCCGCUGCCACGCUCCUGGAGCCCGAAGGACAAGUUCAGCUACAUCGGGUUGUCCCAGAACAACCUCCGCGUGCACUAUAAAGGACACGGCAAAACCCCGAAAGAUGCCGCGUCGGUACGGGCCACCCACCCCAUCCCGGCAGCCUGCGGCGUCUACUACUUCGAGGUGAAGAUCAUCAGCAAAGGCCGAGAUGGGUACAUGGGCAUCGGCCUCUCGGCUCAGGGCGUAAACAUGAACAGACUCCCCGGUUGGGACAAGCACUCGUAUGGUUACCACGGAGACGACGGGCACUCCUUCUGCUCGUCCGGCACCGGGCAGCCCUACGGACCCACGUUCACGACUGGCGACGUCAUCGGCUGCUGCGUGAACCUCAUCAACAACACCUGCUUCUACACAAAGAACGGCCACAGCCUAGGCAUCGCCUUCACAGACCUUCCCCCUAACUUGUACCCGACCGUGGGCCUUCAGACUCCAGGGGAGGUGGUGGACGCAAACUUCGGCCAGCACCCCUUCGUGUUCGACAUUGAGGACUACAUGCGUGAGUGGAGGACAAAGAUCCAGGCCCAGAUCGACCGCUUCCCCAUCGGAGAGCGCGAGGGCGAGUGGCAGUCCAUGAUCCAGAAGAUGGUGGCUUCCUACCUGGUGCACCACAGCUACUGUGCCACGGCGGAAGCCUUCGCCAAAUCCACAGACCAGGCCGUGCACGAGGAGCUGGCCUCCAUCAAAAACCGACAGAAAAUCCAGAAGUUGGUGUUGUCCGGUAGAAUGGGCGAGGCCAUCGAGACCACCCAGCAGCUCUACCCCAACCUCCUGGAGAGGAACCCAGACCUUCUCUUCAUGCUCAAGGUGAGACAGUUCAUAGAGAUGGUGAACGGGACAGACAGCGAGGUGAGGUGUCUGGGAGGUCGCAGCCCAAAGUCUCAGGACAGUUACCCCGGCUCCCCCCGGCCCUUCAGCAGCCCCAGCCACAAAGCCAGCAGCUCCCAACCUUACCUCCCAGGGUUUGACAGUAACUGCUGUAAUGGUGUGACGUCUAAUAAGAGCCACAGCUCCUCCCCUCACAGUCACAAGCCCUGCCCCCCAAGCGCUGGCUCCACCCUGCCAGCGUCCGAUGUCAGCCUCAACGGGAGCCACAGCCAACAGCCCAUAACCAGUAGCGACGUGGACAUGGAGGUUGACCACUUCACCAACGGAGUGACCGAAUCGUCCUCCAACGGUUUCCUCAACGGCAGCUCCAAACACACCACUGAGCCCGACGACUGUGAUGCGGACAUGGAGGUGGAGUCGACUCAGUCCAAGAGGCAGCUGUGCGGCGGGAGCCAGGCGGCCAUUGAGAGGAUGAUCCACUUCGGCAGGGAGCUCCAGAGCAUGAGCGAACACCUCCGCCGUGAGUGUGGCAAGAACUCCGCGAACAAGAAGAUGCUGAAGGAUGCCUUCAGCCUGCUGGCCUACUCGGACCCCUGGAGCAGCCCGGUCGGCUACCAGCUGGACGCCAUUCAGAGGGAGCCCGUCUGCUCCACUCUCAACAGUGCAAUAUUAGAGACUCACAACCUGCCCAAGCAGCCCCCCCUGGCCCAGGCCGUGGGUCAGGCUGCCCAGUGCCUCACCAUCAUGGCACGAACUGGCAGCGGCUCCUGCGCCUUCGCCUCUGUGGACGAUUACCUGCACUAGCCCUGCGUAUACACACACACACACACACACACACACACACAUAUAUACGCUCUCUAAGGGCCUGUCUAGAAAUGUCUCCUUCCACUUCCUCCAUCAGUGUAGUCCCGUUCUCUGAAGAGGCGCUCUAAACAAGCAGAAUGGCGUUAACCACCUGACUCACCUCGCCGCCGAGGAUCAGGACUCCUUUCUUGACCGACCUUUAGAUCGCUAACACACACUCACACACACCACAAGCAUAAAAAACACCCACACACACCCACACCCCACCUCUCUUUCCAUCGUAAAUACGAUAUAUACACACACACACACACACACACACACACACACACACACACACCCUCCAGCCCUGCGAGGCUGGGGUCUGCAUCAUUCUGACCGACAGCAGGGACGUCAACUUGAAAAAUACUCAAACUGAUGCCGCAGAUACCCCCCCCUCGCCCCCCUCUCCCGUAUACCUGGGGGGUGGGGGGCACCAUACAGGGGUGGGACAGACUUCCCAAAAAAAACAACAACUCGUUAAAUAUAAAUGGAAAAAUAAGAAAACGACGACAGCAAAAAAAGACAACGGACGAGUGACCGUCAUGGCCGACCCUUUGACGUGGUCCCUGUAAACCCAACUCACCGGGCAGAACAUGGAUGCCGAGAUCGGGACUGAGAGGUCCAUCUCCACCGAGAGGCUCCGUUAGGAAUAGCCUCCUCCCUCCCCACCUGCUCCUGCCCUCCACCCCCCCGAAAUCACCUCCUCCACCCACUUCAGGACUUCGGCAGAGAUCUGCGUGACCCAUGUGGACUCAGGACUUUGAAGAAGCCAGGGAGAAUCUGCAUAACUCAACGUUCCCUGUUUUUUAAAUCUUUUGCUUUUAGUUCUUUCACGGGGCGGAGUGGAGGCUUGGUUACCUGGCUCUUGUGUUUUGGUUUGUUUUUUUAGUUUCUCCAGUUUACAAGGUAUGGUGCAGACAACUAUUAUUCUAAUUAUCAUUAUAUUAAUUAUUGUUACUUGCAUUCACAGUAUAUUUGUUGAGCGCCAGCAAGAGCAAGUUCCACUCAUUAUUAUUAUAAUAAAGGUCCCAAUCCCACCGAU